GGGCUAAGAGCGAACUAUAGCGAAGCACGUUAGGUUGUUAGAAAGUUAAUGGCUUGAAGGAAAGAGACGCUCUUCUCGCUUCAGGAUUUUACUGAAGUAUAAACAUAAUUACUAACAACCUCAAAGAAAGUUUAAGACAGUAUUGCGGCUAUUAGAAUACAAAAUACUAAGGAAAGUAUGCAGGAUGCAGUAGCCGGGACGGCAAUGCUGACGGACGGCUUCGAGGACGAGAUUGACUCUGUGACUCCGCGCUCCCCUGCCGUAGGAAUGGGGGUUGGAGCCACACCAGGAGCCGGACUCGGGGGUUUAGGGAUUGGUGUUGGUGGAAAGAAAGUCCGCUUGUUUGGCGAGGCUGGUGGGCCUGCAGCUGACCGGCUUGAUUUCCAGCUCGCAGCGGCCGCAGUGCUUUCCUCCGGCCCUGGAUCUGCCAGCGACGAUGAUGAGGUGUCUGAGGUGGAGUCCUUCAUAUUAGACCAGGAAGACCUGGACAACCCCAUGCUAAAGACUGCGUCGGAGCUGCUCCUGUCUAGCGCUGCCGACGGAGCUGAUCUCAGAACAGUGGACCCGGAAACACAAGCCAGAUUGGAGGCUCUGUUGGAAGCAGCCGGUAUUGGUAAACUGUCCACCACCGAUGGAAAAGCCUUCGCAGAUCCAGAGGUGCUACGUCGCUUGACGUCGUCCGUGAGCUGUGCGUUGGACGAGGCCGCCGCCGCUCUCACGCGCAUGAGGGCCGAGAACACACUCAACGCCAGCCAGGCAGACAAUCUGGUUAUUUUCAGCCGGAGCUUGGCGGAGGCGUGCUCAGACGGGGACGUCAACGCUGUGAGGAAGCUGCUGGAUGAGGGGAGGAGCGUCAACGAACACACAGAGGAGGGAGAGAGUCUGCUCUGCCUCGCCUGCUCUGCUGGUUACUAUGAACUGGCACAGGUCUUGCUGGCCAUGCACGCGAACGUGGAAGAUCGGGGAAUCAAGGGUGACAUCACGGCCCUCAUGGCCGCAGCCAGCGGCGGCUACGUAGACAUCGUUAAACUGCUGCUGGUACAUGGGGCUGACGUCAACGCACAGUCCUCCACAGGUAACACUGCACUGACGUACGCGUGUGCGGGCGGCUUCCUGGACGUGGUGAAGGUGCUGCUGAAGGAAGGCGCCAACAUCGAGGACCACAACGAGAACGGCCACACCCCCCUGAUGGAGGCGGCGAGCGCGGGUCACGUGGAGGUCGCCCGGGUGCUCCUGGAGUACGGGGCUGGUAUCAACACGCACUCCAACGAGUUCAAGGAAAGUGCACUUACGCUGGCCUGCUACAAAGGGCACCUGGACAUGGUGCGCUUCCUGUUAGAGGCAGGGGCUGACCAGGAGCACAAGACCGACGAGAUGCACACAGCACUCAUGGAGGCUUGUAUGGAUGGGCAUGUGGAGGUGGCGCGGUUGCUGUUGGACAGCGAGGCGCAGGUCAACAUGCCCGCUGACUCUUUCGAGUCUCCGCUGACGCUGGCGGCCUGUGGGGGCCACGUAGAGCUUGCUGCCCUGCUGAUGGAGAGGGGCGCCAACCUGGAGGAAGUCAACGAUGAGGGAUACACUCCCCUCAUGGAAGCCGCACGAGAGGGCCACGAGGAGAUGGUGGCGCUGCUUUUGGCACAAGGUGCCAACAUCAACGCUCAGACGGAGGAGACCCAGGAGACGGCCCUGACGCUGGCCUGCUGCGGGGGCUUCCUGGAGGUGGCCGACUUCCUCAUCAAGGCCGGGGCCGACAUCGAGCUGGGCUGCUCCACGCCUCUCAUGGAGGCUGCACAGGAGGGACACCUGGAGCUGGUCAAGUACCUGCUGGCUGCUGGAGCCAAUGUCCACGCCACCACGGCGACAGGAGACACGGCGCUGACCUACGCCUGUGAGAACGGACACACAGACGUGGCUGACGUGCUGCUGCAGACUGGGGCUGACCUGGAGCAUGAAUCGGAGGGGGGCAGGACCCCUCUAAUGAAAGCUGUUAGAGCGGGCCACCUCUGUACUGUACAGUUCCUAAUCAGCAAAGGAGCUAAUGUGAACAGGGAGACGGCCAACAAUGAUCACACAGUAGUGUCUCUAGCCUGCGCCGGGGGCCACCUGGCCGUGGUGGAGCUGCUGCUGUCUCAUGGGGCUGAUCCUACACACAGACUGAAGGAUGGCUCCACCAUGCUGAUCGAAGCUGCUAAGGGCGGUCACACCAUCGUGGUGUCCUAUCUCCUCGACUACCCCAACAACGUCCUGUCGGUCCCCGUGCCAGACUUGUCUCAGCUCACACACCCCUCCCAUGACACUUCUCCGGCUCCACGAGUUCCAUUCCAAGCCCUGGCCAUGGUGGUGCCUCCUCAAGAGCCAGACAGAGUGCCCUCCAACAUCACAACGCCGCCACCCGUCAUCACAAAAGGCGGAUCCAAGCAGAGGCUGAGCCCUCUACAGGGCAGCCCCGUCGCCGCAGGCGGUCCGGACGUGGACCUGCUGCCUCCUUUCCACCCGUACCAGCCCCUAGAGUGCAUCGUGGAAGAGACUGAGGGCAAGCUGAACGAGCUUGGCCAGAGGAUCUCCGCUAUAGAGAAGGCCCAGCUGCAGUCCUUGGAGCUCAUCCAGGGAGAGCCGCUCACCAAAGACAAGAUCGAGGAGCUGAAGAAGAGCCGUGAGGAGCAGGUCCAGAAGAAGAAGAAGAUCCUCAAGGAGCUGCAGAAGGUGGAGCGCCAGCUGCAGCUCAAGACACAGCAGCAGUUCACCAAAGAGUACAUGGAGGCCAAAGGCCUGAAGGACGACCCGGGGCAGCUUGGCCAGGCGGCAGGGGUGGAGCAGCCCGGCACCCCCCUGCCAUUGCAGGCUGCAGAGCCGGGCUCCGACACCGAGGGGGACGGGGAGGGCAUCCACCACCACCAUGAUGGACUGCCCCACCCCGCCGCCGAGGAACAGGAGGAAGAGGACGAUGAUGAGGACUACGCCAAGCUACCUCAGGUGGACACCAUCCUGUAUAGACAGGCCCAGGAACCCCCGCCACCCGCUCCUCCUCACACCCAGGCCCUGCAGUGUCCCGCUCCUCCUCACACCCAGGCCCUGCAGUGUCCCGCUCCUCCUCACACCCAGGCCCUGCAGUGUCCCGCUCCUCCUCACACCCAGGCCCUGCAGUGUCCCGCUCCUCCUCACACCCAGGCCCUGCAGUGUCCCGCUCCUCCUCACACCCAAGACCUGCAGUGUCCCGCUCCUCCUCACACCCAAGACCUGCAGUGUCCCGCUCCUCCUCACACCCAAGACCUGCAGUGUCCCGCUCCUCCUCACACCCAAGACCUGCAGUGUCCCGCUCCUCCUCACACCCAAGACCUGCAGUGUCCCGCUCCUCCUCACACCCAAGACCUGCAGUGUCCCGCUCCUCCUCACACCCAAGACCUGCAGUGUCCCGCUCCUCCUCACACCCAAGACCUGCAGUGUCCCGCUCCUCCUCACACCCAAGACCUGCAGUGUCCCGCUCCUCCUCACACCCAAGACCUGCAGUGUCCCACUCCUCCUCACACCCAGGCCCUGCAGUGUCCCGCUCCACCCCUCCUGCAGGCCCGUUUCUUACCCUCCCAUCUCCUGGCCACCCAGCAGUCCACAGACUUCAGUACGGCGGACUACCCCGUCAGCUCCAGCCCCGAUUUGGAGAGGGUGAUGGUGAACCAGCAGCAGAUGUUGUGGCAGCAGUUGACAGACCUGGGACCGGGCCUUUUCAGCCAGGCCCCUGAAGGACUCAUGGUGGCCACCCCAGCACAGACCCUCACAGAUACUUUGGACGACAUAAUGGCAGCAGCGGUGAGCAGCAGAGUCCCCAUGUUGAGCACGACGGCCUCGCCCCCAGAACAGACGCCCAUCCAUUCAGUGUCCCCACACUCUAUGCUCCCCCUCUACCCCUCCGUAGACAUCGACGCACACACGGAGAGUAAUCACGACACCGCUCUGACGCUGGCCUGUGCCGGCGGUCACGAGGAGCUGGUGUCGGUGCUCGUCGCCCGCGGGUCUAACAUCGAGCAUCGGGAUAAGAAAGGUUUCACUCCUCUGAUCCUGGCUGCCACAGCGGGUCAUGUUGGCGUGGUGGAGAUCCUGCUGGAUAAAGGAGGGGACAUCGAAGCCCAGUCGGAGAGAACCAAAGACACUCCUCUCUCCCUGGCCUGCUCUGGAGGAAGACAGGAGGUGGUGGAGCUGUUGCUGCUGCGCGGGGCCAACAAGGAGCACCGUAACGUUUCAGACUACACUCCGCUCAGCCUGGCCGCCUCGGGGGGCUUCGUCAACAUCAUCAAGAUCCUCCUCAACGCUGGAGCUGAAAUCAACUCCAGGACUGGGAGUAAGCUGGGUAUCUCUCCUCUGAUGCUGGCGGCCAUGAAUGGCCACGUCCCAGCGGUCAAGCUGCUUCUGGACAUGGGCUCAGACAUCAACGCUCAGAUCGAGACUAACCGCAACACGGCGCUGACCCUGGCCUGCUUCCAGGGACGGGCAGAGGUGGUCAGUCUGCUGCUGGACCGCAAGGCCAACGUGGAGCACCGCGCCAAGACUGGGCUGACCCCCCUCAUGGAGGCGGCCUCGGGUGGCUAUGCUGAGGUAGGGCGGGUGCUGCUGGAUAAGAGCGCUGACGUCAACGCCCCACCCGUUCCCUCCUCCCGAGACACCGCGCUCACCAUCGCUGCAGACAAGGGCCACUACAAGUUCUGUGAGCUCCUAAUCAACCGAGGUGCUCACAUUGACGUGCGCAAUAAGAAGGGAAACACUCCCCUGUGGCUGGCGGCAAACGGCGGCCAUUUUGACGUGGUGCAGCUGCUGGUGCAGGCUGGGACCGAUGUCGACGCAGCAGACAACCGCAAGAUCACACCACUCAUGGCUGCCUUCCGCAAGGGCCAUGUGAAGGUGGUUCAGUACCUGGUCAAGGAGGUCAACCAGUUCCCCUCGGACAUCGAGUGCAUGAGAUACAUUGCCACCAUCACGGACAAGGACCUGCUGAAGAAAUGUCACCAGUGCAUGGAGACCAUUGUCAAAGCCAAAGACCAGCAGGCAGCAGAGGCCAACAAGAACGCCAGCAUUCUGCUGAAGGAGCUGGACUUGGAGAAGUCCAGGGAAGAGAAUAAGAAGCAAGCCCUGGCCGCUAAGCGUGAGAAGCGUAAGGAGAAACGCAAGAAGAAGAAGGAAGAUCAGAAGAGGAAGCUGGAGGGGGAGGAAGAGGAGGAGGAGGAGGAGGAGGAGGAGGAGGCCAAAGUAAAAGAGGAGUUAGAGGACCAAGACUCCUCUGAAGACGGUGAUGUCCCCAUUGACCCGCCCAGCGCUACCACCACCACUACCAUCGGCAUCUCUGCCACCUCUGCCACCUUCACCAACGCCUUCGCCAAGAAACGAGCCAAUGUGGCGACCACGUCCAGCACCAACCGCAAGAACAAGAAGAACAAGACCAUGGAGCCCAUCAUCCUGCAGGACCCCCAGGUGGUGCUGGCUCAGCAGAAGACUGACAAAAACAAGAUCCACGGGGAGACCAGGGGCGGUGGGGUGCCGGGUGGCAGCGACUCGGACAACCUGGACAGCACCGACUGCAACAGUGAGAGCAGCAGCAGCGGAGGCAAGAGCCAGGAGCUCAACUACCUACCGGACAUGCCCUCUUCAUCUUCCUCAUCCUCGUCUUCAUCGUCUGCUCUCUCGGGAGUGAGCCAACAGCCCCAGACGGUCCCUGAGAAAAGGCACAGCUCCCGAGACCACAAGGUCACAGUGUGCAUCUCCAAACCACACCAGAAACUCCAUGACUGCAUCAACGUCCUGGUGCCCAGCUCCCUUCCCCCCUCCUUCAAAACCAUUUCAGUGCCGGUCACCUCGCCCAACAGCAAGAUGAACCUCACCAGCCCCAAGAGGGGCCAGAAGAGGGAAGAUGGCUGGAAAGAGGUGGUACGGAGAUCUAAGAAGUUAUUGGUGCCUGCCUCUGUCGUGUCUCGGAUCAUGGGCAGAGGUGGCUGUAACAUCACUGCCAUUCAGGACGUGACCGGUGCUCAUAUCGACGUGGACAAACAGAAGGACAAGAAUGGAGAAAGGAUGAUCACCAUCAGAGGAGGUACAGAGUCGACUCGGCACGCUGUACAACUGAUCAACGCCCUGAUCCAGGACCCGGCCAAGGAGCUGGAGGACCUAAUCCCCAGAAACCACAUCCGCACUCCUGGUACCAGCACCAAGAUGGGCUCCACCUACACCACCUCCACAGGGGCCACCAACACUAUGGCGGCCGGCUCAAAGGGCCUGGCAUCGGUGUUUCCGUCGUCCGCUGUGUCCUUCCAGACCCCCCCGGUCUCUCAGCAGGGAGGGAAGAUGGGAAAGAACCUGUCCGCCGGGGUGAGGCCCCCCUUUGUUUCACUGCCCCUGGCGUAUGCCAACCCACACCUGGCCCUGCUGGCUGCCCAGACCAUGCACCACAUCCGACACCCACGUCUGCCCAUGGCACAGUUCGGUGGCACCUUUUCUCCAUCGCCUAACACCUGGGGCCCGUUCCCGGUGAGGCCCGUCAACCCAGGCAGCACUCACAGCUCUCCCAAGCACAACGGGAGCACUGCCCCCCGGCCCUCGCCUGUCUCCGCCGCCCAUCUGGAGUACACAGCUCCUGCAGCCACCGUCUCGCCCACCAGCACUGCCCCCUCCGGCACCCCAACGCCCUCCUCUGCCAGGAAGCAGCUCUUCUCUGGCGAACCAAAGACGACCAGCAUGACAGCAGUCACUUCCACAGUGAGCAACGUUCCCGCCACGCAGCUGGCCCCUGCACCCUCCACCAUGUCCUCUACUCCGUCCUCCCCUUCCGUGCCCAUCGCCAUGUCUGCACAGCAGCUGCCUGUCUCAAAGCCGGAGCCUGCUGGUGGCACCACGCCUGGUAAAGAGAAGUCCUCUCCAGAUGCAGCACCUGUCCAAGAUGGAGCGUCGGAAGGUUCCAGCUCCAAUGGCCCCAUGUACUUCACAGGUCCUCCCACGGCUCCUCCAUCACUGCCCUCCCAGCAGCCGGACAGCCGACAGCAGCAGCUGCCCCUCCCCUUCUCCCCCAGCACAGAGCCCAGCCCCCAGGCCGCCCAGCCUCCCUGCUCCCACCUGCCCUCCUCUCACGCUGCACCAGCAGGGGGCAGCACCGUACCUCACUACGCACAGCCUUCUCCCUCAUGCGUGCAGCCCUCGGCCCAGGUCUACCCCAUGACAGCUGGGACAUCUCCGCAGGAGCACCAUUCUGUGUUUGUAUCCUCUGGAGCCUCCCAGGAGCAACACCAGAAACAACCGCAGCAGUAUACCAACCAGGGCAUGGCAGCCCCUUCCAUGGGCAUGAUGAACGGCUCCCAGAUGCACAGCCACGGGGGCAAGACCCAGCAGCUGCCCCCCAACUAUGGCCCCAACGCCCUCUUCAACCAUUUCAGCAGCAUGUUUGACAGCAAUCAGGUGGGCAACAAUCAGGUGUGGGGAGCAUGUCACCUGCCUGCUCGGACCCCUCCGGAGCAGCCCUACAUGGGAGGCAUGGGACAGAUGGAGAAGGUGAUGCCAGCUUCUGAUGGCUCCAAGGCUCCAGGGUACCGCUGCAAUUCCCAGAGGAUUGUCACCAGUCCCAUCGGCAUGCACCACAUGGACCCGUCGGGAAACUCCAUUUCUUCGUCUGCUGCUCUGACCAGCUUCUCCACCAGUAUCUCUGGCAGUGCAGUGUACCUGCAGGGUCCGUCCCCGGUGGGAACCCCCUCCUUUAGCCGCCAGCAUUUCUCCCCUCACCCCUGGAGUGCCUCCACCUCCAGUGAGUCCCCGGUGUCCUCCGUGUCGUCCCCUCUUUGUGCGGUGACCACGGCUCUGAUUCAGGCUAAACCCAGCAGCAACAGCCAGCAGGACCGCAAGGUGCCCCCACCCAUUGGCACUGAGCGCCUGGCACGCAUCCGCCAGACGGGCUCCGUGAACCACGCCAUGCUCACCGCCGGCUACACGCCGCCUGUGGGACAGGGAGGAAUCUGGUCCUUCGGUGUGGGCAGUGCGUCUGUCCUCCCCUGCUCUUACCCUCCACCUUUAGAGGCGAUGUCAGGCUGGUCUCAGCCCCUGAUGGGUGGUCAUGUGAUACAGCAGCCGUCUGGCUUCUCCCAGCACCAAGCCAUGGAGAGGGACGACACCGGCAUCGUGAACCCCUCCAACACCUUCCAUCAACCCAUGCCCACCAACUUCAUGGACUUCCCAAAGGGUUUGCCAAUGUCAAUGUAUGGUGGGACGAUCAUUCCUCCCCACCCUCCUAUGGGAGAGGCCCCUGGGGGCCCCAUGUACAACGGGCUCCAUAGCGCUGACCCUGCCUGGAAUCCCAUCAUGAAUGUGGUCUCCAACUCUGCAGAGACUGCAGAAACCCAGCAGGUCUGGCCUGGGACUUGGGCCCCGCACGUUGGGAAUGUGCACCUGAAUCACGUCAACUGAAAACAUCUAGGGAUUUGAAGCGUAGGACCAUUAAUAACAAGACUCAUACACGUUUAAGAGAACCAGAUAAUUACAUAAUAUACAAAGAUAUUAACCUAGGGAGUGUCCAGAAACUGAGAAAUUGGAUGUUCGGACACCAUUUUGAUGUGCCUAACUAAAAAGAUGACUCCAGUGUGGGCUGCAACUUGUUUAUCACAGUCUAUGAACAAACCGAUUGCCUGUUAAACAGGAUCCAUUCUUUGCUUAGUAUAGCCAUUAUUUUGACUUUAAAAGCCCCCACGUUAAUUGUUCUUGGUCUGCAGGGCUCUACAGGACUGUACGCUAAUUUAUACUCAAGUCCAAGAACUAGGUGAUAACAUAAAGCGAGAACUCAGAGCUUUUAGUGGUAAAUACAUGUAUAAUUGUUUACAUACUAAAACAAAAAGGGUUAAAACCAGAGUACAUGUCGUAUAGUGACUCUACUGUAUUAAUGUGUAAUAUUUACCUUAAUAGUCAAUAAAAAAUUACGAAACUGUA